CUUGCAAAGUUUCCAUCUGGAAUAAACAUCUAGUAUAAAAACCCACAAUGGCUGGUUUAUUUUUAAUUCCUGUUUGGUAUUAAUUACAAGUAUCUACUUUACAUUAGUCUUGACAUUUUAUUUUUGUGAUUCACAGUAGUGUCUAUCAGCAAGGGACUACUGUAAAGCAAAUAGUGAUUGGUAAAAUAUUCAAGAUUGGCUAAGCUGUGAAGGUUGCUUCUGAAGUCCCAUUAAAUUAAAUUCAACAAAAGACACAUGACACAAACAAACUUGUUAUAAAACUGUCAGUGCUGUUUUUUCACUCCGUGGUCUCACCUGGACUUGGGGUGACAGCAUGAAAGAGGAUAAAGAAUGUGUCUGUUUCAUUAAUUGGUGGUUAACGUGAAAGCGCCUUACGCUGUAUAUAGUAUGUCUCAUCAACUUGACCGAAUCUGAGCAUUUAAUAAGAAAACUGGAUUUGUAAUGUGGACGUGUGUGUGUGUGUGUAAAUAUAUAUAGUAAAGCUGGUACUACCUAUUUUUUUAAGACUAUUUUGCCCUGUGCUACAAAUAGACAGCCUUCAACUAGCAUGAAGUCUUAAAUUAUAAAACUAGAAAUGGCUGAGUUUGUCGCUAUUAUCUGUGAAAAUACAGUAUCAGCUAUGUUCUUAAAAAGCCAUCAAAAAGGGCUGCCCAUGUACAGUAUCAAACCGCAUGCAGUGCUAUGUAUACUUAGUCAUUUAAAUGCAGUCAUCAGACCCCACCCCAAGUUUCUUCAAUCUUUAUGGGUUUGAACCCAUAAAAGGUUUUGUUAAAUCAUUCUUAUUUUUCUACACUCAUCCAGCAGUCUGUGAAACAGUGCAGUUUAUUACACUAAACCAAGAUCCAUGUGAGGCAUUGAGAGCAAGCAAUUGCAGAGCCAAUUAGAAUUCAAGCAAUCGGAUAAAUAGUAGCUGCUUUCCCUCCGAAUGCAGAGCAAAGCUACUGGAAGGAAGGAGGGGCUGCAGUUGGCCUUAUUGAUUUUUGUAAUCAACGAGCCUAUACAUAAAUUAGGCAGUAGCAGGUUUAUCCCUCAUGGCCUAAGAAUGACCAGCUAAUGGUGUUUGCUGAAUUUACUUUAAUACUCUGACUGGCUAUUACCUCAUCAGACAAGGCAUACAAUAUUAUAUAGCGUGGACCGCCCAGCAUAACAUCUUUAUUUUUAGCUCAGUCGGUCUCUAGUGUCUGCAAUGUUGCCAUGACAUUUUUUAUACCCGGGCAAGACAGUAAGCCAUGUUCAUUAUGCAUAGGUGGGCAGCUCCCUUCCUCAAUAAUAAUACAGAACACAAUUCUACUCCAACAAACUGGCUGCUACAACUGGUCCCAUCGCAAGACAGUGAUUCUUUAUUAUGUCAAAUGCAAUAGAAAUGCAGGAAUGUGGCACUUUUAUAAGUUUGGCAGUUCCAGGAUGAAGCAGCUUGUCUAUCAUGUAUCUGCAGUGCUUUAUUUUAAAAGGAGAUUGCUUACUGUGAUCAAUUUAAUCUGCAUAAUCUAAUACUGUAUCCCUGUCGCUGGCUGAGUUGCGUGCUGAGGUUUGUUCUUUUAGAUCCAAGUUUACCUAUUUGUUUCUGCUUUGUAGUUAUCCAAAGAAUACUGGAAACUAUGUCUCUUCAUAUCUUUACUUCCCAUUUCAGCUCCUGUGAGAGGUUUGUAAUUGUCAUCUCCAGAAUUUAUUCAGAUGUGAUGUAGUGUACUGUACAGUGGUUCAUUUUGGUUUUCAACAAAACCUAGUCGAUAUGUUAUUAUAGAUCCAGUCAUCAAACCUAUUUUGUAUUCUGUAAGUUGGUUUUUCUACAUGGUUGAUUCAAUGGUUAAGGACAUUGCUGUUUGUAAUCUUGUUCGUUUCUGGGUAUCCAAAAAAAAACUAAAUGUUCUGAUGUGUAACGUUGGCCAACGUUUUGUCAUAUUCUGUUGUAAAAAAAAAAAAGAAAUACCUCAAGAAGAAAAGAAAAAUGUGCAUUGUUAAGAUAACUCACGUAAUAAUGUACUGUGCAUAACUCUCAUACAUCCUUAAACAGAAACUGAUUUGAAUUUAUUUUGACACACCCUAAAAUAUUCCAUGUUUCUGCAAUCUGUGUACCUGCAAUAGGACCAACAUUAUUUCAACACUACAGGGUUUUAAGUGUUAAUCAUCGUGAUUAUGUAUUAUCCAAAACUGGCCAAGAUGAUUUAGUUAUAUUAGAUUCAUAUUAUUAGGCCUAUAUUGAUUUACACCGUCCAUAGUAGCCUUAUAUAUUUAUAGUAAGCUCACAUUAUUGGUAUUUGACCCCUGUGUGCUAAAAGGUCAGGUAUUACUGUUGCGGUAGUUUUAAUGUUAGCGAUGUAUUUUGUAUUAUUUCUUUACAUAAUAGUGACCUGCACUUGGUCUUACAGCCAGCAACUAAACAUAGAAAGUUGAAAGCUCCUUAGCAGAGAAACCUCUUAGAAGUUACUUUCCGUGAGUAGAAAACCUAAAGAUACUUAGCGAAAAUCCUUCUGAGGUAUUUAAUUCUAAAUGAGUAAUUACUUGAGUGCCAGUGUCUCUUGCUGCCACAACAGGCUUCAGAUCCACUCAGCGCUCCUCAGAGAGUUGGAAGGAUAUACAAUACAGUCAACUUCAGUGGCUAGAGAGGAUAUACAAAAGCAGCAAAGAUGUGUGACAUGGGCGGCCUGGAAAAUUUGAUAGCCAACACGGCUUACCUGCAAGCCAGGAAAAGCGUGGAUGGUGAUGCCAAAGAAAUGCUAAAGAGGCGCAGGAGCCUGUCCCUUCCCAGCCCUGAUAAGUGUGUGGAAAUGAGACAGAAGAUCUGCGUUGAGUUUGAAAGUGUCUGUGAGCAGCAGCCCAUAGGGAAAAGGUUUUUCAGACAGUUCACAGAGACAGUCCCUGAGUAUCAGACUGCUAUCACCUUCCUGGAUGAACUGAAUAACUGGGAGCUGGCAGAGAAUACUGACAGAGACAACCUGCGCCAGAACAUUGCCACCAGCUUCCUCAAACUGGGCUCCAAGAACUUAAUCUCUUACAUGAGCCCAGAGGCAGCUGAAAAGUGCAAAAAUGUGACUGAAAAGGUCUUUGAGGAGGUCAUGACGCUGGCCAAAGAGGAGACCAGGAAGUUUCUUAUGGGAAAACCCUUCCAGGAAUUCCAAAGCAGUCUCUUCUUCGACAAGUUCGUGCAGUGGAAAGUUUUCGAACGGCCAAUUACUGAGAAAUAUUUUUACGAGUUCAGGAUUCUCGGGAAAGGAGGAUUUGGAGAGGUCUGCGCUAUCCAAGUAAAGAUUUCUGGACAGAUGUACGCUUGCAAGAAACUGGAUAAGAAGAGAUUAAAAAAGAAAAAAGGAGAGAAGAUGGCCCUGCUGGAAAAAGAGAUCUUGGAGAAAGUCAACAGCCCCUUCAUUGUCAAACUGGCUUACGCUUUCGAAUCCAAAACCCAUCUCUGUUUGGUGAUGAGUCUCAUGAAUGGAGGUGAUCUGAAAUACCACAUUUACAACAUCGGGGAAAGAGGUAUAGAAAUGAACCGUGCCAUCUAUUACACAGCCCAAAUAACAUGUGGCAUCCUGCACCUGCAUUCAAUUAAUAUAGUCUACAGAGAUAUGAAGCCAGAAAAUGUACUUUUGGAUGACAAUGGGCAAUGUAGGUUAUCUGAUUUGGGUUUGGCAGUUGAAAUUAAAGAAGGAAAACCAAUCAACCAAAUGGCUGGUACAAGUGGUUACAUGGCUCCAGAAAUCCUGAAUGAAGAGAACUAUACCCACUCCGUGGACUGGUUUGCCUUGGGCUGCAGUAUCUAUGAGAUGAUCGCCGGCCGGACUCCUUUCAAGGAUUUCAAAGAGAAAGUCAAUAAGGACGAAGUGAAGAGAAGAUGCCUUGAGGAGGAGGUGAAGUUUGAGCAUGCCAACUUCGAUGAACCCACCAAAGAUAUCUGCAAGCAGUUCCUGGUCAAGAAGGUGGAGGAUCGGUUAGGAUGCAGAGGAGCAAAUGAUGACCCGAGGAAGCAUCCAUGGUUUAAAUCCAUCCAAUUUCAUCGUUUGGAAGCUGGUCUUCUAGACCCACCCUUUGUGCCAGACCCCUCUGUUGUCUAUGCAAAGGAGAUCGGGGACAUUCAGGAUUUUUCUGAAAUACGAGGCAUCGAGUUCGAUGACAAAGACAAGAACUUCUUCAAGAGGUUUGGCACAGGAGCCAUCCCUAUCCCCUGGCAGGAGGAGAUGAUUGAAUCAGGACUGUUUGAUGAACUGAAUGACCCCAACAGGAAAGAGUCCAAGGCGAUGAGUAGAGAAAACAAAUUAGGCUUCUGCUUGCUUCUUUAAAAGACAGAGCCUCAGUAAAGAAGGACUGACCGCCACCAAUUUGUUUAUGCCUGUUAGGAGUUGUUUCUUCUAAAUUUGUGAUGAAGACCCUGUUCAGAAAAUGAGUGUGACAGCCUGGUCGUGUUUUUUUGUCUGAACCCCCCCCAAAAAAUGAGCAAUGUGCUUUACAACAGGACUUGUACAGUACCUGGCAGGCAUCACCAGUGGAAGUUUACAAGCAAGGCACUGCUGUAUUGAAUUGUGUAGUGCAUACCUCAAGCCAGCAGAUGACACCAGAAACUUUGGCUUCCCUAAGCUAUAUGCCCACGCAAACAAUGCCUUUUUAACCCCUUACCCAUCUAGUCGAGUAAGCAGCUUCCGAAAGCAUCACAAUGAUGAUAUGUAUUGACUGCUGGAAAGCAAAUGUGUUUGGUUACA